UAGGCAUUAUGGCCAUCCUUGACUUUCUUCUUCAAAUAAGCAUUAUUUUUAUUAUUAUUUUUUUGGUAAAAUUUUCAAAGAAGCACUAUGACACUAAACAAAAACAAUAGAGGAAGAAGCAGCUCUCAGCUCUGUAAGGUUCUGAUGCAUAGAAUUGGGUAGUUACGUAUUUAACAUUUGGACUUUCUAAAGAGAGAUAUCGAGAGGUGUUAUCUGGCUUCCAUUGUUUACUGUGAGGAAGUAUCGGAGGAGAGAACUGAAGGGUUUCACUGUUGAUUUGAAUUUUGAAGGGGAAGACUUCUGCUCGUAAUCGAAGAGAAAUUUCAGAGUUCAUUAAAGAGCUGCAGAGGGAGAAAGAGAGAGGUAAGACUGCAACUACUUGACUUUAGCCAGCCAUUGAUUAACCGGGCCAGAGUCGCAAUAAAGAGUUUGAUGUUCACCUUGACGACAUCAGCGACAGGAGUGUUUUUUUUUAUUCUUUUUUCUAUCGAUUUGUAGAAAAAAAUCAACUAUGAGCUUGGGAUUCAACUAUCUUGGCUGUCGGGAAGAAAACAAGGUGGUUGGGUAAUCAAUUUUCCCCUGUCCUUGAUGAUCUACAGAGACUUGUCAGCUCAGAUGUGUUUUUUUUUUUUUUUUUUUUUUCACUAUACAGUUUCAUCUUUGUAUUGAAGAAGACGAGAGAAAGAAAAUGAAUAUUCAUCUGUUUCCAGUUGAUCUUAAGCAUAAGACCAGAGUCUUUUAAUCUGAAAUUCGAUCAAUUGACAAUUAAAGAUGAUACUAAAGCAUCGGAAUCUUGUUAUUGUCUUAUUGAUUUUCAUUCUCGCCUUAAGAGCAGCUAAUGCAUCGACCUGCAACCGAUCUUGUGGCCACGGCCGGACGAAUCAACUGCCCUUCCCAUUUGGAUUCUCCGACGGUUGUGAAAUCCAUCUAAAUUGCAGCGUAGAUGGUGAUAUCCAGAUCGGUGAUUUUCAAGUCCAGAGUGUGAACCCAGAAAGUAUUUUGGUCAGUGUACCAGCUGAAUGCAACCGUUCGAUCGAACCCCUAAGACAGCUCUUCCAACGGAACUACGCACUGACAUGGCUGAAUGGUCUAUUGUUGUAUCAGUGUCCCUCUCACAUCUCUCGGUGUGGGGUAUCGUCGACGCUGGUAGAGUCUCAUUUCGGGUGGAAUAGUUGCGAAACCAAGAACGAGAAUUUAAGCUGCCUAGCGAGCGGCGUGGAGAAGGAUGGUUUCAUGAAUUUCGAAUUCGUGAAUCAGAGCCACUGUAAAUCUUUGGUUUCUACAGUCUUUGUCAAUUCGAAAAUGAACUCCUCGGUUUCGCUGGAGUUUCAGACGGUGGAGCUUGGGUGGUGGUUGGAAGGGGAGUGCCAAUGUUCUCAGAAUGCUAAUUGUACGAACGUUACAUCUUCUUACAAUGGAAAGCCAGGAUUCCGGUGCCGCUGCAACGACGGGUUCGAGGGAGAUGGGUUCAAGGCUGGAGUUGGUUGCCGGAAAGUUCCUUCCAGUUGCAAACCUGCGAAGUAUUUGUCUGGCCAAUGUGGCGGAACCACAAGAGUUGCUGCUCUGAUCGGAGGAAUUGUUGCUGGAGCUUCUCUAGUGGCUGGUAUAGCUUUUAUCUGCUAUUUCAUCCGACGGCGGUCUACUCUCUUGAGAAUCCAAAAGAGCACCAAACGCUUACUUUCUGAAGCUACGGGCAACUGUAGCAUCCCUUUCUAUCCAUACAAAGAAAUUGAGAAAGCCACAAGUUGUUUCUCGGAAGACAAAAGGUUGGGAACUGGUGCCUAUGGAACAGUUUAUGCAGGAAAAUUCCACAAUGAAGAGUGUGUUGCGAUAAAAAAGAUCAGACACCGAGACACUGACAGCAUUGAGCAGGUGAUGAACGAGAUCAAGCUUCUUUCAUCUGUUAGCCACCCAAAUCUUGUCCGCCUCUUAGGUUUCUGCAUAGAGAGAGGUGAACAGAUACUUGUGUAUGAAUACAUGCCAAAUGGUACCCUAUCUCAGCAUCUACAGAGGGAGAGAGGCAAGGGUCUUCCUUGGACAAUUCGCCUCACCAUUGCCACUGAAACUGCUCAAGCCAUUGCCCAUCUCCACUCUGCAAUUCACCCUCCAAUAUAUCACAGGGACAUCAAAUCCAGCAACAUCUUGUUAGACUAUAAUUUCAACUCGAAAGUAGCUGACUUUGGUCUUUCCAGACUUGGUAUGAUGGAUGAUUCCCACAUCUCCACAGCUCCUCAGGGGACGCCAGGGUAUCUUGAUCCUCAAUACCAUCAGAAUUUCCACCUUUCUGAUAAAAGUGAUGUUUACAGUUUUGGGGUGGUUCUUGUGGAGAUUAUGACUGCAUUAAAAGUAGUGGACUUCUCCCGGGCUCACAGCGAAGUGAAUUUGGCUGCACUAGCCAUUGACAAGAUUGGAAAGGGUUGUCUGGAUGAGAUAAUAGACCCAUUACUUGAGCCUGAUAUGGAUGCUUGGACUCUUUCAUCUGUGCACAAAGUGGCAGAGUUGGCAUUCAGAUGUCUAGCAUUUCAUAAGGAUAUGAGGCCUUCUAUGGUGGAAGUUGCAGCUGAGUUAGAGAGCAUCAGGCUCAGUGGAUGCACUACUCUCGAGGAAGGUAUCUCUGUUGAGUCAUCAGUUACGUCCACUUGCUCAUCACCUUGUAAUGAAAGAGAGAAAUCUGUAGGAGUAGAUUUUAAAAAGGUCUGUUCAGGGAGUAGGAGAUUGCAAGUGCCACGGAGGAAUGUUAGCGUAUUACAGAUGGAGGUAAAGGAUAAUUCCCCUGUUUCUGUGCAGGAUCCAUGGACCAGUGAACAGAGCUCCCCUUCAACAAACAGCUUGAUGGGUCCUGUAAUUCAAUAAGCUAAAGCUCCCUUUAUGUGCU